UAAGUUUUGUGUAAAAUCUCUGAUGAUAAUAAAUCUUUAAUCACGGUACUUAUCUAUUGUUCUUAUCGUUUUUAGGACGGGCUGAUAAGACUAUCGCCGUUACAAGCCGACCGAUAGUAAACAAAAACAAAAAUGUGUUCAAUUAUUUGAAUAGGAUACUACAGUAAUAUAAUCGAAAUAUUAAUUCGUUUUCGCGUUGUUCAUUUACCGAUGAGAAGUACGUUGGCGGUUCCGACGCGAAGCAAAAAAAAGAAAACAUAAUGAAGUUUUUAAUUGACGAACUGGAGAUUUUGUUCCCGUACGAGUACAUAUAUCCGGAGCAGUACGCGUACAUGGUGGAACUGAAAAAAGGACUGGACGCCAAAGGACAUUGUCUGCUGGAGAUGCCGUCGGGCACGGGCAAGACCAUCACAAUACUGUCGUUGGUCGUCGCAUAUAUGGUCAAGUAUCCUGCAAAACUCGCCAAACUCUUGUACAGCACCCGCACGCUGUCUGAAAUCGAAAAGGCAGCGGAAGAAUUGCGCGUGCUAUGCGACUAUUACCAGGCGAACAAUUGCGACGCGAACAUGCUCGGCGUGGUCCUUUCGUCCCGGAAAAACCUGUGCAUAAAUCCAUCGAUCGCGGGUGAACACAACGGGCGCAUCGUCGACGGACGGUGUCACGCAUUGACGGCACCGUUCGUCCGGGCGCGGCACGCCGAAGGCGAGACCGUCGACGUCUGCAGUUUUUACGAGAAACUCGACUCGCUGGGCCGGGACAUGGUUCUGCCGCCGGGCAUUUACAACAUCGAAGACCUGAAGGAGCUGGGCGCCAAACAGGGCGUGUGCCCGUACUUUGUCGCCCGGCAGAUGCUCAUACACGCCAACGUCGUUAUAUACAGCUACCACUAUCUGCUGGACCCGAAAAUCGCCGGCAUCGUUUCCAAAGACUUCAGCAAGAAUACGAUCGUGGUGUUCGACGAAGCCCAUAACAUCGACACCGUUUGCAUAGACUCGUUAAGUUCGCAUAUCACGAACAGCAAUCUGGACAAAGCGAUCGAAGGUAUAAACAAGCUCGACACGGAGAUCACGUCCAUGAAAGAGCGGGAUUCGCAGAGACUGAGAGAGGAAUAUAGGAAAAUGGUUGACGGUUUGAGGGAAAUCUACAGGAAUCGUGAAGCGAACGCAGCGUUGGCGAAUCCGAUCGUACCUGACCAGGUGCUGAAAAUAACCGAAUUGCCGGGCAAUAUUAGAAGUGCCGAACAUUUCUUGGGUUUCAUGAAAAGGUUCAUCAUGUACUUGAAACUCAGAAUAAACUCCACCACUGUUGUGCAAGAGACUCCCAUAAUGUUCAUCAAAGAUAUAUACCAAAAGGUGUGUAUCACCAGGAAACCAUUGAGAUUUUGCACCGAACGGUUAUCGUCGCUGCUCAAGACGCUGGAAAUAAACGAAAUCGUUGAUUUCUCUGCACUGAUUACCGUCACUCAGUUUGCUACCCUUGUAUCGACCUACAUGAAAGGAUUUAUGAUAAUUAUUGAACCAUUUGAUGAGAGAUCGUCAUCGGACAGUUCUGUUAUGCAUUUCAGUUGUUUGGAUUCUUCGAUUGCCAUCAAACCUGUUUUGGAUUAUUUCAACACGGUUCUCAUAACGUCCGGAACAUUGUCUCCGUUAGAAAUGUACCCAAAGAUUUUAAAUAUCAAUCCUGUCAUAAUGACAUCGCUGACCAUGACAUUGUCCAGACAGUGCUUUUUGCCAAUGGUUGUUGGUCGAGGUAACGACCAAGUAGCGUUAACAUCAAAAUGGGAGUCUAGAGAGGACUCAUCUGUUGCCCGAAACUAUGGCCAUUUAUUACUGGAAAUGGUUAAAGUGGUGCCCGAUGGCGUUGUGUGUUUUUUCCCGUCGUACCUAUAUAUGAAAUCAGUUGUAGCCGCUUGGUAUGACCAAGGAAUAAUUGAGAAAAUUUUGGAUUACAAACUGAUAUUUAUUGAGACACAAAAUAUCGUCGUAACUAAUCAUGCAAUUAAAUGUUAUGCAGAGGCCAUUGAACGAGGGAAAGGAGCACUAUUAUUAUCUGUUGCUAGAGGUUUGUAGCAUUUUCUAAUUUACAACAAAAUGUAUUUUUUUAAUGAAUAAAUGCCUUACUACUUUCACAUUAAUGACAAUUAAUACAGAAAGACUAAUAAAUAUACAUACCCUAUAGGUUCACAGAAAUAUAUUUAAAUUAUUUACUAAAACAUUUUAUAUUUAAAAAACUGUGUUAAUACAAAUUUAUGUUAUUGAAUAAAUUAUAGUAUUAACAUUUUACAGUUUCACAAAUGGCAUUUAUGUGUUUUAAUCAGCAGUUAAAAAAAUACUAAUAAUAAUAUUAUAUUUAUUUGUGUUUACAGGUAAAGUGUCUGAAGGUAUGGAUUUCGAUCAUCACUAUGGUCGAGCAGUAAUAGUUCUGGGUAUGCCGUAUGUUUAUACUCAGUGUCGUAUUUUAAAAGCCCGCAUGGAAUAUUUAUGCAGUCAGUAUCAAAUAUCGGAAGGUGAUUUUUUAACGUUUGAUGCGAUGAGACAUACUGCCCAAUGUGUGGGCCGAGCAAUCCGUGGAAAAAUGGAUUAUGGUAUUAUGGUGUUUGCUGACAAAAGAUUUGCCAGACAUGAUAAAAGAAAUAAACUACCAAAAUGGAUACAGGCGUAUCUAACUGAUAAUGUUUGCAAUUUGACGGUUGACGAAGCUGCACAAAUGGCCAAAAGAUGGCUAAGAUAUAUAGCACAACCUGAUCCAGUAGAAAAUCAAAUGGGAGUAUCGUUGUUGGAUGUAAAGGGACUGAACAAGACUGAUUUCCUGUCAAAAGUAAUACAAAAAUCUUAACUAUUAGCCCUAAGAUAAAAUUUAUACCUUGUUUGUAUUUUUUUAAUUUUGUAUAAACCUUCUAUGGUUCACCCAUAUAAUAUAUUAUGUAUAUUUUGUAAUUAUUUUUGUAUUUAUAACGAUUCCAAUUGUAAUCAAAAUCCACUUAUUAUAAUUUAUAAGAUUAUUAACAGCAAAAGAGUGAAUACAAUUUUUGUUUAGUUUUUCAGUGUGAGAAAUUAUUUUUUUUUAAUAAUUUAUUUUAUUGUAUUUAUAAAUAUUAUUAUAUAAUUUAGAGAUUUUAUUCAUUUGUCUACAAU